UGAAGUGAAACUUAUUUACAAAAUAAAAAAUAUAACUCAAAAUAAAAUGCAUAUCGCGGCGUCACGACACACAUACUCGGUAACGGUCGAGUACUGUCGAUAGAUUCAAAGGUUUACAAACAAUCUAUCCUUAUGUUGACAUAGCACUUGGAAUGUUUUUGUGUACGCCAGCAACGAAUUGUUCUUCAGAAAGAUCUUUUUCAACCCACAGAAAUUUGUAUUUGGUAUAAUGAAGCGUUCCUUAUAGUUGCCCCCUGGUAUCAAAUUCCUAAAUACGGCCCCUGAGUUCGUUUAAAUAUUUUAUCGUACGCGUGCGCGGUAAAUUAUUAUUCGUCGAUUGCCUAUUGCAGUUGCUCGUUAUUAAGUCGAAUCGAAAUUUGAAAGAAAACAAAACAACUGCGGGCCGACAAAAAAUAAACGUUUUCGAUUUCUAAAUAAGCACAUAACUUAAAAUGUAUACGGGUCUCGUACCACGCUAUCGUACCACGCGAAUAACGGGUAACGCAGCCGAGUCCAACUUACUUUUUAUAAUUUUGUGUAUCUAAUAAAACAAGUUAACACUAACCGUUCAGACGUCACAGCAGUACGACUGGUUCGAAAACGAUGUCACCUAUCAUUACUUUUCUACGGUAUACUACUAGCGUAGUCAUGCGCGGUUAUUCAACAAUGUUUGAUCCAUAUCUCGUCGCUCCGUAAUUAAAAUAUAUGCAGUAAGACGUUUGAAUGAUUUGUUACGAUUACAAUCGAUAAUCACGUAUAAACCGGUACACGAUUGAACCUAUAUAACCUCGAUGCAUUAAUUUUUAGUCAUUUGAAAAAACUAUUCAAAUGUCUUGACACUGUGUACAACAUUCAACAUUGUCAUCGGUCAAUCAUUGAUUAUAUCGAGUACAUGGAAUCGAAUUACGUGUAGAACGAUUAUUGAAUUAUUGUUGUUACUAAAUAAUACCGUGUAUUUUUUUCGGUACGAUGUUUUAAUCGACAGAUGGCGUUAAAGAUAUGGACGUUUUUGCUCGUAAUGUCGCUGCCGGCCGCAGAGCGUGGACGUGGUUUCGGUUCAUUAGCGGCGGUUAUAAGCAAUAUCGAUUAUCAGCAAUUUCAACAAAAAUCAUUUUCCAUAGGCGGACGAAUUUUCGCAGUUCUACCGACGACAUCACCGAUACGAUGGACCGGCCACCGGGUGCACAAGCGAUCCACGCCUAAGAUAACCAACAAAAACCCGUACACGACGAUCACGCUGCUGCAGGGCGCGUCCGCGGGGGCGAUACCGUCGGAGGACGGCCGGUGCAUGGCCCGCGUGCAGUCCGCGAUCGGCGACAUGAUGUCAGCGGCCACGGUGGCCGGGGCCGCGGGGGUGACGGGCAACAAGAAUGGGAACCGACGUCACACCGCCUCGUCCACGGGCUUCAUGGACCUGUCCGGUUACGCGUUGCACCAACGGUUGCGCACGGCCCCGGGUGCCGAAAUGUACGUGACCGGGAUGCGCGCCAAAGUUAUGCCGCCCAGCGACGCGACCACCGCAGCCGACCAACCGUGGUCGCAGGAAAACGACGGCCGCCCGUGGGCAAGGGUGGACGUGUGUCGGUACGACCCGCUGGGCAACACGCUUGAGGCACGCAUGCGGUUUGGACGCACCCUAAUGGUGUCCGGUUCCGUUCGGCUGCUGUACGGCGGCCGUGGCGGUGGCAGCGUGCCGGGUGAAACCGGAUGCGACAUGACGCUGCGGCUCAGGCCCCGGGCCGGUUUGGGGUUCACGGCCGCGCCGCUCACCAUGCCGGAGAAAUCGCCGCCCAACCGUCUGACGGCAAUGCCCACGAUGACCAUACGCACCACUGCCACGUUCAUCGACCCGGAACCCGUCGACCCGGCGGCCGCUUACAUCAGCGUCCACUCGUACAACUGCGUGGGCGGCGCAGCGGCUUUGCCGGGCAACCGGGAACACCCUUCCGCGUCCUCGGACCGUUACGAGCAGAUCCUGUCCUCCGAGGACGCCUUGGCCGGCAGCGACGAGCUGUUGGCCGGCGGAGACGUGGACAUUAACCUGGACGACGGCAUAGAUUUUUCGACGUUCAGCGACAAGCGGAGCGGCGGCCGUCGCCCGUCUUCUUCGUCGUCUUCCGAAGAGACCACACCGGCCGCGCCGACAGCGCCGGCCGUCGGUGCCGGUCCCCCGUUCGUUCCAGCCGGUUUCGUCGCCCCGCCGGCCCCGAGCCCGGAACCGAGAAUCCGUCGCAUACAGUACCACAACACCCAGCCCCAACACCCGCUGCUGACCGUGGCUUCUGCCAACGGUCACUAUCAACAGUCGCAGGACCAGCUUCUCAUGGAAAUGGAAGACGUGUUCGUCCGGGGCGUUCGGUCGCUCUUGGCCAAACACAUGGAACGCACUCUUAAACCCGUCUUAAAGGACUCGCUCAUGGCCAACAUGGGUUAUACCGUGUCCUACGGCUGAUGAAUCGACAGUAUUAUAACCGUAGAACGUAUCUUUCGUACUCCGGUCGUAUUUAAUUUUAUACACUUUAACAAUAUAUUUAUUUUGUACCUAAUAUUUAUUUAUCUUACCUAUUAUUAUAGUU